GCACGGCCGAGUUGUGUUUUCAUCAUGUUCUCCUUCUUGCUCACCUGAUAAGGUCAUGUCCUGGUGAGGGUUAUCAGCUGUUUCACUUGGCCCUGCUUCUUAGACGUCUGCUAUUUCUCAUGACACCAAAACACCAGGUGGAGUUUGUGGAGCACUUCCCUCCUGCUCAGGAGGAGAACCUGUGUGUGUGGCGCCACACUCUGCUGAGGGGUCUGUGCGCAGAGGCAUGUAUGCGGGUGGAGAAAGAGGUGCUUUCCAGGGCUUCUGUUGUGCUGCAGGAAUGGCAGAAUAACAGCUACAGGAUGGGAGAUAUACCAAAACUUAACCGGAUACUAGGCUGUGUGCUGAUGUUGAUGGGCGGAAGCAACCUGCAGGCUGAGUGUGUGAUAUCUUCUGUGAAGAUCAUCUCUCAGCUGUGGAGUUGCAUGAGUAGCAACCAGGUGCAGGUUCAUCCUCCUCUCCAGUGCACUGUAAAGUUACUCCUGUCAAUAUCAGCUGUUCUGAUCAGCAGUAUAGAGCCACAUGUCAUUGUGCAGGCCGUUUCCUGUUUGAGUGGGUUGACUAUCCAGAAAUGCCCUGAUGACCUUCUUUUAGCUGCUUUGGAGUUCCUUGCUUCCAUGGGAAGAAUAUUUAUUUCUCCCAAUAUUCAGUGUCAAGUUUUGCCCAGAAUCAGUGGUCUGUUAAAUGGUCUCCUGACUCACCCAUCCUGGCUGAUCCUCCAUCAUGUCCUGGAGGCCUUUGGCCUCUUUGCAGAGAUAACCAACCAUGAGGAAGUGAUUUCUCAGACAUUGACAUCAGAGGAGAUCAAAACCAAAGUGUUAAACUUUCUCAGUAAGACCGUCUCACACCAGGAGUCCAAGGAAGCAAGACUAGAACGUCUGAAGGAGUGGAGGAGUAUAAUAGAGAAACACUGUGAGCAAAUGGAGCGUGAGACCAGCUCACCUGUACACACGCCACUUACUGAGGAGCCAUGUCCGAAGAGGGCAAGACAGGAGACGGAAGUAGAAGAGGAGUAUGAGCGAUACCUCCAGACAGCAGAAAGUGCCUUGAAAGCCCUGCAGGCAAUAGUGGGGCCAGACCACAACAUGUCCCCGCCUCAGUGGGUCAGGACCAGACUUGAGGUCUUACAGACACUGAUAACUCAAAUCAACACCACUGCAAUAGAGCAGCCCUGAUUCAACUACAACACCUCUUAUGGCUGCUUUUAACACAAUGCUGUCUUUGUUCCAUGUCACUACGUUUGCUAAAGUCACCCAAGAUAUUUGUAUAAAAGUUGUAUUUUUUAAAGUUUCUAUGGAAAAGAGUCACUCC